AUGUCACAUUCUGUUCUCUUGAUUCUCAUCUCCAUCGGUAUUCCAUGGUUAUUACUUUAUCUUUCCCAUUUACGAGUCAUAGAUAUUUUCCCUUCAAGACGACAGCUUUCAGGAAGUCGAUCAAGUUUUGAUACAGUUCCGAUUACCUUUGAUACUGGCUUUGGGUGGCUUCGUUUCCACACCCAACGCUUCAAUCGCACUUCGUAUCGUUUAUUGAAAAGCAUAGGUGCAACCGAAGUGAGUUCAGGUCCAGACCCUAAGAGUUUCGAUCCUGAACCACUUCCAUACCGAGAUCGACGGGAUGGUCAACCAUCACGCCGUGUGCACAACACCUUAGAGACUCUAUAUGAUAUCGGCACUAUUCUCAUCCUCAUCCUUCAACUCUUUGCUCUCCUUACUCUUGCUUUUCUUUUCUUCCAAAUUGUCUAUCAUACUAUCUUUAGUUCGCCUCAUCGAACUUUGAUUCAAACCAAUUCAACUAUUUCUGUGUCAGAAAGAGUCAAAGGCUUGGUUCGUCGAUCAACGUCCUUUGAGCCUACUACACUUAACAAACCAAUCGUUCAAACAGAGAGAUCCUCUCGAUUUUCUUUAAAACCACUUAUACCCGGACUAACCAUUCCAUUAGACCAAGCACCAAUAUAUCUCUCAGCUCUCCUCAUCUCCCAAGCAUAUCACGAGUUUGGCCAUGCCUUUGUUGCAGCCUUAAAUAAUGUACCUAUGAUCGCCUCAGGCUUCAUUUUAGCUUUCCCUUUCUUUCCAAUUUUCUAUGUCUCUAUCUUAUCCAUCUUACCUCCAACUUCUCAUCCAAACUCACAAUUCAUCUCACUACUGAAUCUUCGAAUGGCAACCGCUGGAAUUUGGCAUAAUCUAGUCAUGGCAUCAAUUGGAUGGUUGUUUUGGAAUGACGGUGCUGAUUGGGCGGGGUAUCUUUUUCGACUUACGGGUGGAUGGGCAGAUGUAGGGGAUCUUGGAGUAGGCGUGGUUACUGUUCGAAAGACCUCUUCAAUUUCAUCUGUUCUCUUGCCUAAAGAGAUCAUCACAGAUUUAAAUGAUUUCUCACUUAGUUUAAAUUCUUCUACAACUCUUCCUAGUCGAUUUCCUAAAUUACCUCUUCAAAAAUGGGAGAAAUAUUUACUUUCAGAUUACAUUUGGCUUAACUCAGAUCAAAAAGGUUGGUGUAUGAAUAAUUCAAACUUCUUAAAUUUAGACUCUAAAUGUUGUCAAAGACAUAAUGAACAAAACCCGAAGGAAAAUGAAUCAAGACCAAUAUGUUUCAAAGCACUCCAUCAAGCAGGUUGUUUGAAUCCAAGAACAGUAAGCGAAAUGAUGGAAAACUCAAUUCGGUGUCACACAGAUCAAGAAUGUAAAUCAGAGAAAGGAGGAGGGAUAUGUGUGAGACCAGAUGAAGAAAGUAAAUUAUUGAGGUUAAAGUGGAUCUUUUUCAAGUCGGACUGUCCUAUUUCAAGGUUCAACGUUGGAAAUCUUAGGAAAUGGUACGAGUCUUAUUUAAUCUUUUUGGGGAUGGGGACUAUUCUUGAUCUGAAAAAAAUGGAUACCAAACCAAUUAGAGACUCGACUCCAAAAUUUCCUAAGGUUUGUGUCUUUGCUCAUCAAUAUCUACAAGUUUUGGAAACUUUUGAAGAUGAAUCUGAUGAAUAUUUUUCACAUGAAUUAUCAUCUAGUUAUUUGAUUUCGAUUUCCAUUGGGAUCGGUUUCUUAAACCUACUACCAAUCAAACGUUUAGAUGGAUCAAGUAUAGUAGAAUCCCUACUCCAUUUUCAUACUUCUAAAUCAAUCCAAUCAUCAGAAACCAGAUUGAAAAUUGAAAAUUUUGAAAUCUCAGAUGAAAUUGAUGAAUAUAAUUCGUUUGGACAUAUUAAACCGAAUCUAUUUAAUCGACAAAUCGAUUUAAAAAAAUCAAUUCAAAACUCAUUUGUUUUUAAAUUUAAAUUUAUGGAAAAGAUAUCUCGUGAUGUUUCACGCUACUUCGUGCAUAAAGAUUCUUCACAGCCUCUCCACAGCCCUCUCCCAGCGUGGCCCUAUGUUGUGAAUUGGGUGGCAAGACCAGAUCCAAGGUUGUAUGUCUUUGCCAUCAAGGUUUGGCCCUCAUCUGGGGUGUAUCAACUCUCGUUGAAUAUUCUUGGUGUCAUGCAGUUAUGUGCUGAUGUCCGGCUAAGAAAAUUCUAA